AUGGAAAAACCAACAGAUUCUUCCGUUUCAGACCAAAACAUUUCAACCAAACCUAACGAAUUGCAGCAAGACAGCAGCGAUUCAUCAAAAAAUCAACAAAAAGGCUUUGCAGAACUUCAAGAAUGGUGCAAUAAAUCUCUAGAGCAAUUGGAUUUUUCUUGUGCUCUACUUUCACAGUGUCUUGAUAGUGAUUUACGAGAUUUAAAUCGUCAAAGUGCAGUUUUAAAUCAAUGUCUUGAAAAUGUCAAUGAAAUGAAAGCUAAAAUUGAAAACCAAUAA